AUGGCGCGCAGCUCCAGUGCUCUCCCUGUUGCCCUGCUGGCCCUGGUGGCUCUCUUCGUGGCCCCGGCGUUCGUGCCUUCACCCGCUCCUCGCGCGGCACCCGAGGCCAGUGCUGCUGCCAUCACCGCAGGCGCUGUGCUGCCGCUGCUCACAGCCCAGCCCGCAAUGGCCGAGGACUACAUGAUGCCUCCCAGCUGGCCCUUCCUCGUGGUCUUCAUUGCGGGGGCCUUCGCACUCCUGGUCGUGGGCAACUUCAUCUUCCCUGGCGAGAGGAGGUUGGAUCCCGAUGAUCCCACAAUCCGCGGGCGCAACUGGGAGGCCGUUGAGAAGGUCCUGAACCAGCGGGAGGCGUACCUUGCGUCUCUGAACGGCUUUGACUUGGAUAGCACAGAGCCCCGAGGGCCCAGCUACCAAGAUCCCUGCCGGCCUCUGUACAACACCUUCCCUUGGGAGGAGGAGGUGGCUGGCUUUGACAAGCCUGCGUCGUGCACGCACAAGAAUUGGAGACACAAGUGCCUCAAGUACAAGCUGGGCACGCAGUGUGCCACACUGGAGCUAGACACAGGUGAUGGCGCCAACGGCCUGAACCCGGCUGUCUUGGAUGCUCUGCAGGACGCCAUCAUGGACCUGCAGGACAGGGGCGACGUCAGAGUCGUCGUUCUGAAGUCAACGGGGAAGUUCUUCAGCCAGGGCUUUGACCCCAAGCACCUCAUGGCAGAGUCCACGAUGUCGGAUGAGGACAUCAUCGCGUUUCAGACGCAGUUUGCGAAAAUCCUCUACUUCUUGCAGAGGCUGCAGCAGCUGACCGUGGCCCUGAUCCAAGGGACGGCGAUGGGAGCCGGUAUCGGACUCGUGUGCGCCUGCGACUAUGUGAUCUCGGUGAAGAGUGCUUUCUUCACCAUGAGCGAAACCAAGCUAGGAGCUGUGCCCUCCACCGCUCUACCGUACAUCACGAGGCGGUGCACUUUCAUCAAGAAUGUGUAUCAGCUGGUCCUUGCCGGUGCCAACCUGUCGGCAGACAUAGCUGAGGAGUAUGGCUUUGUGGACAAGGUGGUCGACGAAAGCAAGGACCUGGAGGCCGAGUGCCAGGCCGUUUGCGACCGCAUGACGCUUUGCGCGCCCGGUGCUGUGGCUGCCACCAAAGAAGUGGUCAUGAACACGGUAGGGGUGCCCCCAUCGUCGUUCAUGAUGAACUAUGUGGCCGGAAUCGUGGCGGACAUCCGGGCAGGCCCGGAGUCAAAGGCUGGGAUGCAAGCAGUGCAGAACAAGACUCGGCCGAAGUGGGCCGACACGCCCAUCGUGCCGUGA